AUGCUGGCACCAGUAGCUCGAUUCAUGCCGAGGCAUGGUUCUAGAAUCAAUUUCUUCCGUCCCAUGUCCAGCUUGCCGUCAAACCCGCGCAUUAAAGUCUUCCCUGCGGACGCAUCGCGAGCCUCCUUUCUCCUAUCAUACCUCGAAGAUGAGCCACCCAACCAGAGAAUAGCCAUUGGCUUCUCUACGACCGACCCUCCGACGCCACGAUCGUUUAUCGAAAACCAGACCUUUACCAAGAUUCUUUACGAAGUCCUUGCAGAGCAUGCACAUAAGGACAAGGACCUCUUAGCACAGGCGCAAGCCUUCGCAGGGCCUGGCGGAGCCAAUCUUGGUUCUGGAGGAGCACUCUUUGCUCAGAAGAACAAGAGGCGUUCGUCGAGCAAGGUCGGUGGCGGUGGCGGCGCCGGAGGCGGUGGUGCUGGCGGUGCCAGUGCUCAAGGCGGCGCUGGAGGAGGUGGGCAUGGUGGUUACGUCCACCUUAGUGAUUCAAGAAACCCUCCAGACUUUGGUCGUAUUGCCUGGCCUGAGGAUAUUCUUGGCAGUGUUGAAGUCGAUCAAAGCGGCAACAUAAUUGGUCAGCUCGAGCCAAGUGGAACGUAUCGAAUUAUCACCAACGAGGGAAUUCUCGGAUUGAGUCCAUAUCUUUCAGGAAAGCUCGUUGAGAGACUUCGCGAGGAAGACGAUAAGGACCACUCGUAA